UGGUGACAUCAAAGUGAAGCUAACAACAACACAUGUGUUCGCUGACUACAAUUUGCGGAAAUUGGAACUUAGCAAAGUAAACAUGUUCAAUAGAAUCUGGAACUUGAAAAACAAACCGGCGCAUCAGUUCACCCAGUUCCACUUCACAUCGUGGCCAGACAAAGGUGUGCCUCUAACACCGUGGGGACUUGUGGACUUUGAACAGAGGGUGGCGUUAGGGGGUGCAUCAAGGCCUAUUGUUGUCCACUGCAGUGGUAAGGUUGAUCGGAAAGGAAUUUUCAUCGCUGUAUAUAAUGUGAUAAGAGAAGCGGAAGAUACAGGGCGAAUACAUGUUGUACAUACUGCGGACAAGCUGAGACAUGAGGGAGUUUUGUUGACGCUAACUGCUGAACAGUACAGAUGUUUAUACAAAGUCCUAGAGAGACAGAACGAAGUCAACUCACACUUUGCUAACUUAUCGAGAGCUAAGCCAAACAAUUAUGUGACGCCGCCUACAGAAGAAGAAGAAAAUGUUUACACUAACCGAUAGCGUGCUCCAGACUUAAUGGAUAGACACUUUAGCUAAAAUCGUAUCGCAGGCUUCAACAAUGUACAGCUAGCACAGAAUACACAUUCCUGUAUUAUAUUUUGUUUAGACAGUUUGUAUAUUGGUGUGAUCAUUUAACGCCAGUCCUGUCACUUGUCAAGGAUGAUUGCCUUAAGAUGUAUGGUUAUGUUAAGGUCAUAGUUUGUUACGGUGUCAAUAUUGGGUCAAAUUUUCCUUUUCUAC